UAGAGGGAGGGAGAGAGAGAGAGAGAGAGGCGGCGAUGGGAGACCCCAAGAAGAAGAAACGGCGGGCAAAGAGCAAGAAGAAGGCGGCCGGCGAGCAGAGCCUUUUGUCGAGAUACAUCCGCGACUGGGUAUUCCGCGACCCUCCCCCUACCGCCACCGAUGACUUCGCGCCGCCACCGGUCGCCGCCCACAGGGCCGCCGACCGCGUGGUCUUCGAAUUACACUCCCACUCCAAGUAUAGCGACGGGUUCCUCUCGCCUUCGGCUCUGGUGGAGAGAGCCCACAGGAACGGGGUGAAAGUUCUUGCUCUAACAGACCAUGAUACCAUGGCUGGCAUACCAGAGGCCAUGGAAACAGCCCACAAAUUUGGCAUGAGGAUAAUACCUGGUGUUGAAAUAAGUUCAGUAUUUUCUCCAAGGGAAGAACCUGGAACUGGUGAACCUGUUCACAUCCUUGCAUAUUAUGGAAGCUGUGGGCCUGCAAAGUAUGAAGAACUGGAUGAAUUGCUAUCCAGCAUCAGAAAUGGCCGUUAUGUCCGUGCUAAGAAUAUGUUAUUGAAGUUGAACAAAUUAAAAAUUCCUCUAAAGUGGGACCAUGUUGCCAAGAUAGCAGGGAAUGGAGUGGCUCCUGGGCGGUUGCAUGUGGCUCGGGCUAUGGUUGAAGCCGGCUAUGUAGAGAAUCUCAGGCAGGCUUUUAAUAGAUAUCUGUAUGAUGGUGGACCUGCUUAUGCCAUGGGCAGUGAGCCAUUUGCAGAGACAGUAGUGCAGCUGAUUUGUCGCACUGGGGGUGUAGCAGCUUUGGCUCACCCAUGGGCAUUGAAGAAUCCAAUUCCUGUUAUCAGGGGCUUGAAAUCUGCUGGCCUUCAUGCUAUUGAGAUCUACAGAAGUGAUGGGAAGGUGGCUGGAUUCAGUGAAUUAGCCGAGACAUACACACUUUUGAAGCUUGGAGGAUCGGAUUAUCAUGGAAGAGGUGGGCAUGAUGAAUCCGGCCUGGGAAGUGUUGAUUUGCCACUCAUAUCUGUUUACGGGUUUUUGAAGAUGGCUCGUCCUAUUUGGUGCAAUGCUGUGAAAGACAUCCUAUUAAGUUAUGCAGAUGAGCCCUCUGCUGCGAACCUAGAAAAAAUUACGAGGUUUCGAAAACUGAACAAUCUGAAAGGUUAUUCAACUCCUAGCUGUGGUAAGGAUGUUAUCGAUCAGUGCCUAUCUUCGUGGCUGACAAAUGACGAAAAGGAGGGCGACGAAUUUGAGGCCAUCAGGAUGAAACUUGCACACAUUGAUAUUAGUAAUGAGGGAUCGCAAAAGCCUAUAGUGAAAGGAUAACUUUCGGGUAUAUUCUUUUCUUAAUAGUCCAAUCUUCUAUCAAUUUUACUUGUGAUUGCUGGAUGACAUCUUAUCAUAUUUUAAAUGCUCGGUUGACAAUAUUCUUACAAAGGAAGGAGCACAAGGAGAUAUUAAAGGGAAAGCAUACUUUAUCUUUGCACUUUAUCUGUGUUCAAUUUAUGACACUUGCACCUUCAGUUAUUGAGGCACAACUUGAAAGGUGCUUAUGCCAUGUGAUGGUUUUGUUAUCUUGACAUCACUGAACUUUGAAUAAGGUUCAGGCCCUUUUAUCAGAUGAAUUCACUUUACGUUUUAUGAUACUCAAAACCUCCAAGAAUCCAUAUUUAUUUUUGUUUUGUUUGGGUCA